UUUGUUCACGCGAACAUGCCAAGUGCAAAAGACGAACACGACUCCAGCUAUCGGCGAAAUAUUUGGAAUGUUUUCAAAUUGAAUAACUGGAUAUUAGGCUUGAUCGGCAUCUGGCCAGUCACAAUUCGCGGUAUCGGACGACACGCGUAUAAGAUUGCGAUCGCAGUUUGCAAUUUCACAUUUAGCUUCGCGUUAGUGCCGUGCGCCUUGCAUAUCAUCUAUGAUCAAAAAGACAUCAUCAUAAGAUUAAAGAUAGGCGGUCUUUUGAUUUUCGGUUUCGCCGCAAUGAUAAAAUACUGUAUUCUUGCGAUACGUCGCCCUAAAAUACAUCGUUGCAUCGAAUACAUGAAAAGCGAUUGGUGGCAGGUGACGUUCAAAUCUGAUCGCAAAGUGAUGCUGAAGUUCGCUGCCAUUAGUCGCAAUCUAACAAUGAUCGGAGCAUCAUUUAUGUACACCGCCGGUAUCAUUUAUUACUUGAUUCUGAUUCCAUUCUUUUUUGAGCACAAAGUUAACAAUCAAACUGUCAGACCGCUAGUAUUUCCGAUUUAUAGUAAAUUUCACCAAUUCCAAAUUAGCCCAAUAUAUGAAAUUGUGUAUGCAGCUCAUUGCAUGUGCGGAUAUAUUAUAUAUUCGGUGACAUCUGGUACAUACGGGCUUGCUGCUUUAUUCGCCACUCAUGCAUGCGGCCAAAUCGAAAUCAUCGUAUCACGAUUAGAAGAUCUCCUAAGUGGUGAAAGUUGGAAGCAAAGUUCUAAAAUUCAUCAACGAAUCGCUGCCAUUGUAAAAGAUCAUGUUCGAGUAGUAAGGUUUACAAUUGUUGUAGAAGAAGUUUUACAAGAAGUAUGCUUAGUAGAGUUCAUUAGUUCGAUAUGCACGAUAUGCCUGCUCGAAUAUGCCUGUAUAGUGGAUUGGCAACAAGAUAAUAAAUUUGGUUUAGCAACUUACUCUCUAUUCCUUGUUUCUUUUUGUUUUAAUCUCUACAUAUUAUGCUACAUCGGUGAGCUUCUUAUGGAAAAGAGCAGUCAUAUUGGAUAUAUAUGCUAUAUGAUUAAUUGGUACCAAUUAUCGCCAAAAUCAACUCGCAGUCUUAUUCUGAUAAUCGCUAUAGGAAGCCAUCCCAUAAAAAUUAGUGCUGGUGGAAUGGUAGAUUUAUCAUUAUUAACUUUUGGAAGUGUAUUAAAAACUAGCAUGGCAUAUCUCAGCUUUCUGCGGACGUUAGUGAUGUAA